AACAUGUGGGUGAAAAUUCAUGGCGGACUAAGAUCAGAACACUUGGCGAAUGCUUGGGCAACAUUUCCCGAAACACUUUUUGGUUCACGACAGCGAAUGCUUAGAGGUGUCUUUUCGGUAAUCUCUGUGGUUCGUUUACAAAUGCAUGGCGGUGUUCUUUCUACAACUUUUGCAGUAAACAUGAGAGAGGAAAAGGACAGUGGCGAGAAGCGAAACAAGGGAAGAGAUGUUUCACCACCGUGCUCGCAUCUGCUGGCGUCCGCGCACCUGGUGGCUGCCUCCAUGCGCGCAUCUAGGUACUCCGCCAGGCGCCCCGCCUCCCGAAGAUACCGCUUCUGCGUGCCGCCUCCUCCCCCUCGCCCCUCCUUACUCUCCUGCCCCCCCAAUGGCGCAUUAGCUCAUGAACAUGCAGAUAAGAAUGACAUGGGUGAACAAGACUAGUCACCUACGAGCUGCUUGAAAUGAUAGACCAUCGUGAAACGAGAUCCUCAGCAUAGGGCACACUAAGAACGACCAUGGUAAUCGAAGCCUGUGGGAGAGGAAGGAGCUGCUCACUAGGGGGCGCGAAGGCGAGAAUGGGAGCUGAAACUGAUGCAGAUAGAACUGCCGAGGGCUAUUAUUGUAAGUAACGUCUAGCUGGAAGGCAUGAGAGGGCGCAAGGGGACAAGUAAGGAAGGGAUCAGAAGUGUGUGGUGGGCUGGAGUGCUGGCAUAUCUGAUUCUUGAAAAAUCACGUAGCAUCUGGCAUAAGUUAUUGGGGCGGGUUAAGAAUAAGAGACGUAUUUCUGCGUCUAGUAGGUUGUCAAGAGAGCCCAGGUGCUAUGAUGGCGGCAAUGGUCUCAGAGGCAUCAUCUCAAGUGAUGUUUCCUCACAUGGCGCCGGGAUAUUUCCCGGGCCUCUGGUGCCCCACUGCGGCCGAGGUUCCUCUCCCGCGUAAGUCGCCUCUGGCGGAAGAGCAACACUCGCAAGCAGCGCCGUUUGGGACGCCUUUUGAGGCGCCUCAUAAGCAGUCUCACAGAUCGCCUCUGGCGGAGAAGCAACACUCGCAAGCAGCGGCGCUUGGGACGCCUCAAGAGGAGCCAGUGCCGGGUGGCAAUGCCGCGCUGGAGAUUCCUGGCUCCCACUCUCAGCAGGAGCUGCCUUGCUCCCACUCUCAGCAGGAGUUAAAUGGCCUUCGUCCCUCCCAGUCGCAGGAGCCGACGGGGCGGCACGGGUUGGAGGACAUAAUAGAGUCCCAUUCCCAGCACCACAUGAUGACGCCUCAUUCCCAGCAAGACAUGGCGCCUCAUUCCCAGCACCAGAUGGCGCCUCAUUCCCAACACCAGAUGGCGCCUCAUUCCCAGCAAGACAUGGCGCCUCAUUCCCAGCACCACAUGGCGCCUCAUUCCCAGCAAGACAUGGCGCCUCAUUCCCAGCAGCACAUGGCAAAGCGUCAUUCCCACCCGGACAUGAAAACGCCUCAUUCCGAGCCGGGGUUGGCUAGUAAUAGCCGGCAGGAGUUGGAAAGCCUUCCGCUCUCCCAGCCGGCGGUAUGUGGGCGGCGGAGGCUGGAGUCGAUCAAGCUGGAUGAGAUGGUGGCGCGGGUGGUGGGGUCCGAUGGGCACAGCUGGCUAAAGUACGGCCAGAAGCAAGUGCAGCGCUCCAGCACCAUCAGGUGCUACUACAAGUGCAGUCGCUCCAAGUUCUCCGCUUCCUGCCCCGCCAAGAAGACCAUCGACAUUGACUGCCAUGCGCCCCUCUCACCGCACGUCUUUCAAGUCACCUACCGCUGCCGCCGCCACAACCACCCAGCUCUACCCAAGCGCUCGGCCAGCCGAUUUGUCAGCCACCCAGCUCUGCCUAGGCAUUUGCAUAACCGAUUUAUUGGCGCUGUUGCUGCUGCUGCCGGCUUUACUGCGGUACCAGACGCCGUUCCCAGAGCACAUUCUGGCAGCGGGGAGCCGAAGACCUGCUGGCACUCCGAGCUGACUUCUGAGUCGACUCCAAAGUCACCUCUGGCUUCGUCCAACGCUGCUGCUGCUACUGUUGGCUUUGCCGCGUCGUCGGGCGCCGUUUUCCCAGGACAAUCUGGCGGAGGGGAGCUGAACACCUGCAGGCACUCUGAGCUGGCUCUUGAGUCGACUCUAAAGUCACCCCCAGCUUCAUGCAGUGCUGCUGCUUCUUCUGCUGCUGCCGGCUUUGCCGCACCAACCGACGCCGUAUGCACAGCACGUUCUGGCGGUGGGGUGCCCGCCAGGAACGUCAGUACCGCCAGGCACUCCUUGAGGUUUGAACAGCAUGGGAGCACGCAAGUGACUGCUGCUGCUGCUGUUGGUGCUGGUGGUGGUAGUGAGGGUGCUGCUGCUGCUACUGCUGCUGGCUUUGCUGCACUACCUGGCACUGUUCCCAUGGCACAUCCUGGCAGUGGGGAGCUAAACAUGCGUGAACAGCUUGGGAGCACGCAAGUCAGUGCUGCUGCUGCUGCUGCUGGUUCUAACAGUUUGGCGAAGGCCAACGCCGUUUUCGUGUCUGAAUUUUGCACUGAGGGCAGUGAGGUGCUGAACACUCUCAGGCCACAAGAAGCACCAGAAGUAGCAGCAGUAACCACAACAUCGACAGCAGCAGCAGCAGCAGCAGCAGCGCACGUGUACACAGCCUGCGAAUUCUCAGAGGACCAUCAUGCCACCCACCCCCGGGAGAUCCAAUGGUACCUACCGGGAGCACCCCUACCAGGAGCACCCCUACCGGGAGCACCCCUACCGGGAGCACCCCUGCCGGGAGCACCCCUGCCGGGAGCACCCCUGCCGGGAGCACCCCUGCCGGGAGCACCCCUGCCGGGAGUACCCCUGCCAGGAGCACCCCUGCUGGAACUGCACCUACCUGGAGUGUACCUAUCAGAAGUUUUCAUGCGUGAAGUGCUGUCUGCAGGCUCAAUACAAGGAGGAGCGCCUUUGAGCCACGAGCUCGAAUGGCUCCUACCAGAAGUCUACCUACCACCAGACGCACCCCCACCGGAACCACCCCUGCUGGGAGCACCCCCGUUGGAACCGCACCUGCCAGAACCGCACCCAGCAGAACCGCACCCAGAAGAACCGCGCCCAGCAGAAGCUUCUAUGCAUGGAGUGCCAUAUGCAGGUGUGAUUCAAAGAGGAGCGCCUUUGGGCCGGAGGCGAGAAUGGCCCCUUCCAGAAGUGUACCUGACAGGGGCACACCUACCGGGGGCACACCUUUCGGGAGCGCACCUACCGGGGGCACACCUUUCGGGAGCGCACCUACCGGGGGCACACCUUUCGGGAGCGCACCUACCGGGGGCACACCUUUCGGGAGCGCACCUACCGGGGGCAGACCUUUCGGUAUCGCACCUUUCGGGAGCGCACCUUUCGGGAGCGCAUCCACUGGAAAUUUCGAUGCAUGAAGAGCCGUCAGCUCAGCAAGGAGCGGUUUGUCCCUCAUCACAACACGGAGUGCCGCUCGAGCCGCUGAUCCCGCAAGGAGUGCUUGAGUUCCUAGGGGGGGCCAGCACUGCCCAUGUCUCUGACUUCGCAGGGGCUGAUGUGCGGCCACAGUUCCAACGAUGGCUGGAGGGGCGAGACCAAUGGACCCAUAUUUCUCAGGGUAGACCUGAAGAACCAAAUACGAAUUCGAGUUCGAGUUCCACAUUUGAAUAGUUGUUGAAUAUCACGAUACAAAUGAUUUGUUCGAGUUGUGUUUGGAAUUCGA